AUGAGCUGGUCCCGUGCCUGCGUGAUCGAGCUUGGAGAUGCACAGCAGGCUCAGGUCUCUGAUUACAUCACCGAUAUUCCCAGCCUCCGAGACGAGCUGCACUCGCCCAGACCUUCCAAUAAGCCCCGCCGACGAGUCAUUCUAAUUGAACUAUGUGCAUCUGUUCCGAGGCCGGAGGGCCCUACGGACUCUGGUAUCAACAUACAGAUGCAAGAUGCCAGGCCGCUCUCAGCUCUGAAUGACCUUCUCGCCGAGGAGCCUCUACAGGUUGGAGAAGACUUCAUCCAAAACCAUCUGCAACUGGUUACCCGCUUCGACUUCAACGAAGAUAUUCGUAUCCCCGGCUUGCCCUCGGAGCUGCGUCCAUAUGAACAGUUCCAUCUCGAAUACUUCGAGCCUCGAUACUUUGUCCCCACAGAGCUUGUCUUCCCCGACGACGAUGAGACAUGGACAGCAGUCUGCACCUCGACCGGGCGGGCUAUACAAUGCCACGAGUGGCGGUCAGGCAACUUGCUUGUCCUUGCAAGCCGUAAAGUCUCCUUCUGGUCAACCCGUUACGGAGACGACGGAAGCUGGGAUGGUAAGUCCUUCUUCCCCUUUCAUGAUCAUUGUCCGUCAGACACUGACCCAAAGCCUCGCUCUUUAGCGAUCAUCCUCUGCGACCCCCUGAUCAAAGGUUGCGUCAUUCAGGACACCACCACCCGCAACCUUACGCCCUCCCGCCCCUUCAAACACGGCUUCAACAUCGCCACCGGCCGGCCCUCCCCGGCGCCCUGCUCGCCCGGCGCCCGCGCCUCUUGGGCUCAGGCCCACCAUCACCACCCGGAGCACGACUCCAUGAUCGGUGACCUCCGCUUCUACUUCUCGCACCACUCGCACCUCCUACGCCGGUGCCUGCCCCGCAGCGCCCUCGCCGACCCGUCCGUCGCCGCCACCCUGUUCGCGCGCAAGAUCGUCGCCGCCCACUUCAACCACGUCCUCGCCUUCGUCACGCACCAGGCGGCCAGCAUGCGCUCGCGCGGCUGGUCCCUGCGCCGCGCCAACGACGCCGAGGCCGCCGAGUCGCGCCGCGUGGAGGGCCAGUGGAGCCGCUUCCGUUGCGCCGAGUUUGUCGAGUCGCUGGCCGGCACGCUCGAGGCCCUCGGCCUGCCGCGCCACCAGGCGCCGCAGCCGUCUUGCUGCGGCGGGUGCGCCAGCAAGCCCAAGAGGACGGCGGCGCAGCAGCAGCGGAAAGACCGAGGAGAAGAGGAGGAAGACGGUGUUGAAGAAGUAGAAGAAGAAGAAGAGGGCGACGACAACGACAGCAGCGAGACCAUUGUGGCGGCUGGGGCGGCGCCCACCGAGGCCUACCGCGAAGACAUCCGUCGCCAAGGGCGCUCUCUGUGCGGCGAGUGGGCCGCCGUCGACCGCGACCUGCAGCACCUGUACCGAGGCUUCGAGCAGCAGCGCAUCGAGUACGACCGCAUCACGCACAGCAUCGCCGCGUUUGUGCAGAUGAAGGAGGCGGAGCGCUCGCUCAACGUGGCCAAGCUGACAACCUACUUCGCGCUCAUCCUGACGCCGUUCGCCUGGCUCGCCAGCUACUUCAGCAUGAAAGAGGACUACCUCCCCGGCGGCGAGCAUGUGUAUGUGUACUGGGUCGUCUCGGUCGGCGUCAUUCUCCUGUCGAUGCUGCUGUUCCAGACGGGCAGCGAGAUCAAGAUCAACGACAAGAAGCUCGUGCUGGCGGCGCGGCGGCUGGGCACCGGGUGGAAGAGGAAUAGGAGAGGGAGGAACGGGAGUCCGUUGGGCGAUGCGUGA